AUGAGCCGGGUUGGGAGGCUUCAAGAUUCGAUCUCUGACUUGCGUUGCGACGUGCUGACGUUGGUCUUGUCCUUCUCGGACGUUGUUUCGCUUGCCAGAGCGUGUUCAUUGAGCCACGCUGCAGCAAGGGUCGCGGUGGCUCACGAGCAUUGGCAUUGGUUCGUGCUUCAGUACUUCGGUGUGUAUUAUGACGAUUACAUGCGCUCGUGUGAGGUGUCAGACGACAGCAGAUGGCGUCGGUUGUUCAUCUUCAUCCGCCAGGUUCAUCACAACGUGGACCAGCAGAAAGCUGUGCAGAGGACAAUGCCUGCGUUGUUGCGGCCAUGCGCUUGGCUUGGAAAGGAGCUUGAUGGUGCUCAGGCAUCAUCUGCCCUUCAUGGUCGGGCCGGAAGGCGUGCGCGUCGAAGGCGCUACCGCGGCAGCUUAGAGCUCGCAGAUCACUGCAACGUAUUUUUUUGGGAGAAUGGCCGUGUGGUGCAAGUCGUCCGCAGCAGCGAUGGGCAGGUCAUCCGGGAGAUCGACACGGGGCAGACUUUCAGAAGAUGUUUUCACAGACUUGCCAACAUCAAGAACAGGCUGUUCGUUUGCUUGAAUGACUGCAUCAAGGUCUGGGAGUAUGACACUUCUCAGGAGCCAAUUACGCUUCCAGAAGCAAGGUGUCCCGGCUCGCUGGCGAGAGGUCGACCUCUCGAGUUGUUGGUACACAGGCAGCGACUUAUCCUGGUCGAGAGCAGCUGUUGCUUGUUGUGGCACACAGAAACCUUGGAUUUCAUCUGCUGCAUCCAGCAUGAUGACGCUGGUGCAGCCUUUGGUCACGAUCCAGAUGGGGCAAACAGCUCCGCCAGAGAUUCCGAGCGCAAGCGAGACGCGCUGGAGGUCCAGUGGAUGGGAGACCUGCUGAUGACCUGGCAGCAUCCAGCUGCGGACGCUGGCCAUGUGGGAGCGCAGGCCCGUGGUAGCCAAAGGUCGCUGAAUGUGUGGACACUCGACGGUGAGCCACGGGCUUUCUUGGAGACGGACGCUCCGCUUGUACAGGUAGAUGUUACACGAGUGACCUGGGUGUCCGUCUACACCUUGGAUCACUUCAUCCUCUGUGCUUUGGAUUCCAGGUCAGUGGUAACUCUGUGGGACUCCAAAGCUGACUUUUCGCCCAUCUUCCGCUUCUACAGUGGUUGUGAGGAGCCUUUCGACCUGGUUCUGACCCAGGAUUUCCUCAUCGUUAUCCAGGACAACAUCCCUGCUAAUCGUCUGGACCUCUUCUUCUGGAAGCUCUGGCUACAUCCAGAUUUCGAGGUGGAGGGCCAAUCCAUCGCAAGCCUUGAAGCACAACGGCGUGAAGGAAAGCAUCAGCGAGAGGCUUCUGUAACGUCACGUCUACCCGCCGGGGCUCGAUUUGCUCCUCAAGGCGCUGCUUUUCCUGCGCCGAAUGCAACAGCCCUCACAGCGGUGCUCGAUUUGGCUUCUGCAGCUGCGGCGCAUCUGAGUGGAGAUGCGUUACUGCGCUUUCUGUACAGAGAGCUUCAAUCAAACUGUCGCUUGAUCAAGACGCUCAGCAUUCCCGACGUCGACACGUAUUUCGCUUCUUACAGGAAUUUUUUGAACAUUUGCUCCUUUCACAAGUCGGGCCAGGAGUCGCUGAGUGUCUAUCGUUCAAGCUCACUUCAGAAAAAAGUGUUUUUCCCGCCUGCCAAGCACACCAAGUUUGAAGAAUGGAUAGCUUUGCAGGUGAAAAAUGAUGGCACCGUCGUGGUGCACGACUUCCGCCCCAGCCAGGUCUGCUGGUCCUCUGCUCUGCCGGUCCUCUGGUCUCAUUGUCCUGCGGUUGCCUUCUCCGCUGGAUGGCAUGCCUGCAUCAUUCUGGUUUGCAACGCCAAGCCCGACACAGAUGGGAGUGGCCGCGGCAUCCAUGCCGGGGCAUCCAGUCCAUGUAGAUUUGGCCGCCCCUGGCCAGCGAACUUCUUGCAAAGGCUAGCGUCUGACAACGAUGAGAGUUACAGGGGACUAAGUGCUCCUGCUCGGGCUGCUGGCAAAGAUGCUUGCUCCCCAGUGUUCGAGAACUUUGAUGCAGCUAUUCAAAUGCAGCAAAGGUGCGACAUCCAGGUCCACACCGUCACCAGGGCGCCCGCCUACGUGCUGUGUGCGCUCCACCAGCGCAGCGGCAGCAAGGAGCCCAAGGCAAAGAGCAUCGCAAAUGAUUUCACUGAUGCCUCUGUGGCGUUUGAGUCCAAAAGCCUGUGGGAACUUGUUCGAGCCUGGUGUGUUUUCCAGAUAUGUGCCGUUGGCCUUAUCGUGCGCCACUGUGACACACUGUAUGACUACUCGAUCAAGAUCCUGGGCUCCAGGUUCACGCAUCUUCUUCUCAGGAAGACCUUCUUUGAUCAUUUCUGUGCCGGAGAAUCUAGCCAGGAGAUAGUGCCGAGAAUGCAUGAGCUUCGCAAAUACAACGUAGGAGGGAUCUUAGAUUAUGCGGCAGAAGCGAAAGACGGCGAAUUGCCCGAGAUCGUGAAGCCUACAGAGGAAGUCAGUGAGCAGGAGAUCGUCGGGGCACCCAUGAGCAGCCGCACCUAUGACUACAAGAAUGAGGCCCUGUGUGAUGCCAACGCAAAGAUCUUUCGAACAGCUGUACGAGCGGUCAAAGAUGCAACGCCAGAUGGCUUUGCCGCAAUAAAGCUGUCUGGCUUGGGGAAUCCGCAGUUGCUGGAGCGGAUGUCCAGCUGUCUCGGGGAGAUCUGUCGAUUGUACAAGAGACUAUCACACGACGAUGAGGUCACUGAGCCAUUUUACGCCAUUGACCGGUCUUUCAAGAUGGACUUUGAGACCUUCAAGACGGGCUGGUUCAAGAUGUUCGAGGGCAAGACCGAGGCCGAGCUCAAAUCCAUGUUCCAGGCGAUGGACGCCGACGGAGACGGGCAGAUCAGUUACUUGGAAUGGUCAUCGAGUGUCAAGCUCUCCGAGAUCAAUGAGCUUGUCAGAGGGUGCAAGCACCGAGGACGGAUGUACCAAUCGGCGCUCAAUGAGGAGGAGCUGCAGCUAUACCGCAACAUGCUGCAGCGAAUCCAGGGCAUCCUCGACCUGGCUCAGGAACUUGGUGUGCGGGUGAUGAUCGAUGCAGAGUGGACUGAUAUCCAGCCCGCAAUCGACCACAUCACCAUCUUUAUGCAACGGAUAUACAAUUCUGGUGAUCUGCCGAUUGUUUUCAACACCUACCAGACGUACCUGAAGGGCAUGCCCACGAGAGUACAGAGAGAUCUGCACAGAUCCAGGCGAGAAGGCUGGCGCUUUGGAGCCAAGCUUGUGCGAGGGGCGUACAUGGUCUCAGAACGCGAGAAGGCACUCAAGCGCGGAUUGGAGUCUCCCAUAUGCGAAAGCUAUGAGGAAACCGAAGAGAACUUUCACCAGUCUAUUGAUUUGAUUUUGGAGCACGGGGAAGACCCUGGCGAGGGCCCGGGUGGUGCCCCGGCUGAGGUGCUUGUGGCAUCUCACAACCGCGGUUCCAUUGAGCGGACAAUCCGCAAGAUGGCAGAGCUCGGCGUGAGCCAGGACCGCGUGGGCUUUGGGCAGUUGCUUGGCAUGGCCGAUCACCUCACCUUCACGCUGGGACGUUAUGGUUAUAGGGCCUACAAAUACGUACCAUAUGGACCAGUGGAUGAAGUUGUGCCUUAUUUAAUUCGACGCACGCAGGAGAACUCUGCAAUCUUGGGAUCCCCUAGCGUGCAAGAAGAAAGGCACAUGGUGGGACAGGAGGUAGCCAGACGGCUUCGCCCUUUCUAG